UGAAGAAGCGAAAAGAAAAUCAUAUAAAAAACGGAAAGCUGGGAAAAAAGAAAAAUUCCUUCUUUCCUGCGGAAGAAAAAGAGAAGAGAAGAGAAGAGAAGAGAAGGGAGCAGAAUCUGUUUGGGACUAAACAGAGAAUCUAUUCCGACGAACCUUUCGGGUGGAUUUGUAUCGAUUGGUUUGGUCGUAGUCCCUUUUGUAGAAUCUUAAUUGAGGUUUUUUUUUGUGGUUUCGAAGAUGAUGGUAGCUAACAGCUUCGAUCUAUGGCAAAAGGAUGUUUUUUUCUCAGCAGCCGAGGAGGUUCAAGAAUCUGCCGAUAUAAUGGAAUCUGCAUAUAGAUUGUGGAUUAAAGAGAAGAGAGAAGGUCGAGAAACCGUAGAUUCAGACGAGCUCUGCAAAGAACUCCAAGCAGCUUUGAGCACAGCAAAAUGGCAGCUAGAAGAGUUUGAGAGGGCAGUGAGGUUAAGCCAUGGACAUUUUCGAGACGACACUACAUUGACCAGACAUAAACAGUUUGUCGCCGCUAUUGAAGACCAGAUACAUCGAGUACAGUCUUCUCUGCAAGAGGCUUUAAGCGAGAAUGGGAAACAACCUUUGCGUUGGGUGGAUCUCAACAAAGAAGAGCGUGAUGACCUUGCCAUGUUUCUAUCUGGAUCUUCUCAAACCUCUGAGAGUUUAAACAGUGACAGCAUCAACUUGAGAGAUUCCUCAACAAGUUCCCCAGCAGAAAAUCCACUUGGGAUCAACAGUAAAAGAGAGGCUAGAUGUUACGGAGACAGUCCUGAAUGUGUGAUAGACAUUGUAGAGAGAGGAAGUCCGGAAAAUGGUAAUGCCAUAAUCAACGUGCAGGCAGAGAAGAAGGCUGGAACCAGAAGAACAUGGAGUUCACCUAAUGUACCAAAUAUCAGUGCUUUGAGGAUUAAUGUACCUGUUGAUGCGGACGAAGAGGAGAGGAAGAGAUUAAUGUCAUUACAAGUCGAAGCCACUCCUAAAGAAAAAGGAUCUAAGCCUCUGUUUUCGCUGCAGAGAUGUCGUGAUUGUAACCAACUCUUUGACAGAGUCAGAUAUUAUCAAAGACGGUUUCGCAUUCCAUUUAGCCGUCCGAUUCAGCUCGUUCUUUCCUUAACGCUAGUCUUGUUAUUUCUAUUGCUCUUUGGAGUUUAGUAAUCUUGUUUUGGGAAAACUCUAAAGAAAAAUUGGCAGGGUUUUUGUUACAGAUUCUUGCGUGUUGGUCACACACCUUAGAUGCUCUACGCAGAGCCGGGCCUGGGCUUCUCUUCGGAGCCGGCAAAUUUAAAAAGUUGUUAGGGGCCAAUUUGUGAAAAAAUGUGUUAUUACGGAUGGUUUACGUUGUGGAGAUUCUUUGUCAUAUGUACUUUUAUUAAUAAACUAUGUUGUAAGAAAUAUUAUAUGUUCUUUUCCCAAAAAAAACAAGAGAUAUUCGAA